CCAUGUCGACGCCGCUCUCGACGCGCGCGCGCGCGCCGACGCGCGCGGAAUCUCGGACGCGGCGUCGCGACCGCCGAAAGACGCGCGCGACGCGAACGACGCCGCGGUCGAUCGCGGAACCGUCGGAAACCGGAACCGGCGGCGCCGACGCGGCGAGCGAUUCGCGACGGAAGCGCGUCUCGAUGGUCAGCCUGGGGUGCCCGAAGAACACGGUGGACGGGGAGGUGAUGCUGGGGGAUCUGCACGGCGCGGGAUUCGACGUGACGGACGAUCACGAGAGCGCGGACGCGAUCGUCAUCAACUCGUGCGGAUUCGUGGAGGACGCGAAGAACGAGAGCGUGGAGGCGAUCCUGGAGGCGUCGCAGCUGGCGAACGGGAGCAAGAAGAUCAUCGUGACGGGAUGCUUGGCGCAGCGGUACGCGAACGAUCUGGCGAACGAGCUGCCGGAGGCGGACGUGAUCGUGGGGUUUGAGAAUUACGCCAAUCUGCCGAAAACCGUGGGGGGGUUGCUCGGCGUGGAGACGAACGGGUUGAUCGCGCCGCAGCAAGCGCGGGUGCAGGUGGGAGGGGCGAGCCCGCCGUUUAGAGAAGAGAUAAAACGGUUGAGGAUCACGCCGAGACACACGGCGUAUCUGAGAGUGGCGGAAGGGUGCGAUCACAAGUGCACUUUUUGCGCGAUUCCGAGCUUUCGCGGGAGGUUUCGGUCCAAGCCGUGGCAGUCAAUCAUCGACGAAGCGAAGGCGUUGGCGGAUUCGGGAGUUCGUGAGCUUAACUUGAUCGCAGAAGAUACGAAUCAGUGGGGCAUCGACUUGAGAGCGAGCGAUGGACGCGGGUUGGCCGAGCUCUUGUACGCGCUCGCCGAGGUCGAGGGCAUCGAGUGGAUGCGCAUCCUGUACGCGUAUCCGUCGUACUUUUCCGACGAGCUCAUCCGAGCCAUCGCGGAUGUUCCGCAAGUGUGCAAAUAUAUCGAUAUUCCGCUUCAGCACAUCACAAACUUGUCGCUAUUGCGAAUGAAUAGGCCGCCUCGGCAGCACACGGAGGAUUUGUUGUACAAGCUGCGAGACCGAAUUCCGGAUUUAGCGCUUCGCACAACCUUCAUCAGCGGAUUCCCGGGAGAAACCGAGGAAGAACACGAAGAACUAAUGCAAUUUUGCCGUGAUUUCAAAUUUGAACGACUCGGUGCGUUUGCGUACAGCGAAGAGGAUGGUACGCCGGCGAUGGAAUACCCGGACCAAGUUCCGGAGGAAAUUCGCGCGAUUCGUCGCGACCAGCUCGUGUCGCAACAGCAAGAGAUCAGCGAAGACUUUGCGAUGAGCCGCGUCGGAAAGGACGUGGAUGUGUUAAUAGAUAAUUGGGACGAAGAUAUGCAGGCGUUCAUCGGGCGUACCACGCUCGAGGCGCCGGAUAUUGACCCCGUGGUUUUCGUCACCGAGGACAAGUCCAAGGGCUUGCCUCCGAUCGAACCGGGACAAAUGCGAAGGUGCAACGUCAUCGGAUCGAGUCUUUUCGAUCUCGAGGCGCAACCCAUCAUGUAAAUUGUUUCUUCAACGCAUAACUACGCGCAGGCUUCAUU